GCGCGAGCUCUGUGGAAACAACCUCACCAUGGCAACAGCGAGCAGGUAACCUGCUGUCCAGGGGUUGUUUUACACAGUCCCACGGGGAUAACGGAUGCCCCCUUAUUAAAUAUUUUACUGAUCUAGCACCAGUUAGGUGAAGUUAGCGUAAUGAAACGGGCUCAACAGGACACUGGACAAAGAGUACUAUUCACGGGACCAGACGGCGUUGGAGAUUUUCGUCCCAAGUUGGACUAUUACCCCCGCAGCAUUGGAAUUGGCCCUUUACCUCCAGAUGCCACGAGUGAUCUCGAGUACCUUUUCCGGGCUGCGCCACAGUCUAGACCGCCGGUACCUAAGAACUGCUACACCGGGGAGGUGGGCUGGGGUCUUCAGUACUCCAGAGAACUAAACAGGCGGACCCUUAUCAGUACCAGACAAAAUGAGCAAGGCAGAUUUCAUUCAGAUGGUGUGACUCACAGCCAGUGGCAUACUACACCCGGGUUUUGGGACAAGAAACUGCCAUGCGACAGGCUUCCAAGGAACCACAACACAAAUGAUACAUACAGCGAGGUCAAUGUUAAACAGUUCCCAGAGAUAAAUAAACAAGAGGUAUACUCUCAGCAUUUAUAUAAACUCACAGCUAUUUGUUUUAAUCCAACUUAAAGGUUUUAAGGUGUAUAUCUCCAAUUAAUGUGGACUAAUGCAAUGUUAGUGAAGUGCUAUGAGAGGACAGGAAUGCUCUUUAUAAAAUGUCCAGUCUUAUAUUUAAAAAAAUCUGUCAGUGCAUACUGAGGAAACUUAAACAGGAGAUUACUUCCCCAAUACAGAAUGGGUUGAAUUUGAAAAAUGUCAUGACAUGAAAAAAAUCUCACUUACUGUUGCUUUGUGAUCAUUAAAUGGCUAGUUAUCUAAAUAA